AUGGAUUUACUAGAAAACAACUUCAACAAUUCAGCCGAAAGGCUCGACAAGCCAUCUCAGUACUUGAUAAAAAAGGCGAGACACAAUUAUGGUGAACUUGAGCGGGCAUUGACUUCGCGGACCGUGUACGUGGGCAACUUAUCUCAUUUCACGACAGAAGAGCAAAUACACGAAUUAUUCAUGAAAUGUGGUGCUAUAGACAAGAUCAUAAUGGGGUUAGAUCGGAACAAGUUGACACCGUGUGGGUUUUGCUUUGUCAUUUACAGAACUGAACAAGGAGCACUCAAUGCCAUGAAAUAUUUACAAUCCACCAUUCUUGAUAGCCAAAGUAUAUCAAUAGAUUUGGAUCCAGGAUUCAGAGAAGGAAGACAGUUUGGUAGGGGUAAGCACGGAGGUCAAGCGGCACAAGAAGCUGCUAUUGCCGCUGCAAAUGGACAAGAGUAUGAUAGGGGUGGUUAUAGAGGUAGAGGCCGUGGUGGCCAUCGAGGCCAUCGAGGCAGGGGAGGAUUCCGAGGUGGUUUCAGAGGCAGCUACAGGGGCAGAGGUAGAGGAGGUGGAUUUGGAGGUGAGUUUAGGGGCGAGACGUCCGUUUACAUACCUUCGAAAGACCCAUCUUAUAACGCAUCGGGCUUUAAUCCUAUGUGA